AUGCCAGAAGGACUCGGAAUGCCAGAAGGACUCGGAAUGCCAGAAGGACUCGGAAUGCCAGAAGGACUCGGAAUGCCAGAAGGACUCGGAAUGCCAGAAGGACUCGGAAUGCCAGAAGGACUCGGAAUGCCAGAAGGACUCGGACAAGACAAUUUACCUCAUUGA